UUUUACAGAGGAAGACAAGAGAAAAAACAAGAGAAAUUGAAGAAAGAAGAGGACAAUGUUACCUUGUCCGUGGUACUUGCAAGGCCUCAUGCAACAUCUGGGAAUAUGUAUUUAAUUACUGUGGCGUGGAGCCCUGCUGCGUCGUUCGGGAAUACAUAAAGCCAAUGAGAAGCACUUCAACCACUUCGACCAUGUUAACUCAUGCAAGUGUAAAUAACAAUUCUACUGUACUACCUAAUGCAACUGUAAAUUAUAACAUACUACAUAACACUACAGGUGUAAACGACAAUUCCACUAAAUAACACUACCUUGUAACA